UUUGGCAACUAGUGUAGUUAGAAAUACGGCCAUGAGUGGAGUGUAGCUAGUCAAGACGUCUAAAAAUGUAGUCGUACAUAUAUACGAACACUUUAUCGCCGAUAAACUCGUUGAUACGGCUCGCGCGUCUGAUGACUGAGGUUACUUUACAUGACCCCCUUCACUGAUUACCUACUUGUCGUCACCAUUUAGUACAACGAGCGUUUCCAUCCGUAUAGUAAUAAAUAAUUUAAUCAGUAAAAUGAUUUUGUGGGCAAUAUUCGGCAUCACAAUAUUGAUAGUGUUCAUAGUGAAGGUGUACCAAAAACUGACUGUUGGAAUAUGUCGGACCAGUGCUCAUAUGGUCGGUAAAGUGGUGAUAGUGACUGGUGGAAACAGUGGACUAGGUUUGGAGACCUGUAAAGACUUGGCGAGUCGCGGUGCAAAGGUUAUAUUGGCAUGUAGGAGCGUGCGGCGUGCUGCUGCCGCUAAGGAAGAAAUUAUUCAAGCUAGUGGCAAUACUGAUGUUCACGUCCGGCAACUAGACUUAGCAUCGCUACGCUCAGUGAGGGACUUUUGCGAUCAGAUAUAUAAAACCGAGAAGCGUGUCGAUGUCCUCAUCAACAAUGCCGGCGCUGGCGGGCUCGGUAACGGUAAAACAGCUGACGGACUUCACGUAGGAAUGCAAGUCAACUACUUUGCUCCGUUCCUUUUAACUUGUUUGUUAGUGCCUUUGAUGAAGUCUUCUGCCCCAAGCCGUAUUAUCAAUGUAUCAUCAAUGAUACAUAAGUAUGGAGAGUUAGAUUUCGAAAAUUUGAAUAUGGAAAAAUAUUGGAGUGAUUAUUUAGUCUAUGCUAAUAGUAAACUUUUCCUGAAUUUAAUGACACUAGAAUUAGGUUCAAGACUGAAAGGUACGGGGGUUACAGUGAACGCUCUCCAUCCCGGAGUGGCGGCAACGAAUAUAUUUAGGAACAUUCCUAGCAAUAUUAUUAGAAAUAUAGUAGAAAAAUGUAUAGGGUUUACGUUCCAAACUCCUUGGGAAGCUGCACAAACUUCUAUUUACUUGUCAGUUUCCCCAGAAGUUGAGGGUGUGACAGGUAAAUACUUUAGUGACUGCCGUCAGAAGAUGCCUUCCAAGUGUUCGCAAAACGCUGAGCUGGCUAAGAGGCUGUGGCUAGAAUCGGAGAAAUUAGUUAAAUAUACUUUGCCAGACAAUUAGUACUUAAUUAAUACUGUACAAUUUACACAAUAUUAUAAUGUAGAUAAAGGAUGUAUUUAAAAGAGUUUAUUUAUAUAAAUGUUUUCCUAAG